UUUACCAUCAAACACUAAAGCGAUGGCUCGCUUGAUCAUUCUUAGCGUUGUACUGCCAGCCGUGUUGCUGGUAGUGGUCAAAUGCUCACUUGCUGUCAAUUUUGGUGGUUUACCGUAUUAUACUAGCUGGGCCGAAGCUGUUCAGAACAAAAGCGAGCGGUGUAUCGCCAACACGGUGACUCGGGCGUCUUGUGCCAACAUGAAGGGCCCAGGUGACAUGCUGAUGGCGCACCCUGAUGACUGCCGCCUUUUCUACUACUGCAUGAGUCCGAUCCUGCCGCCCGCGUGCAGGGACUGCCCGUUUGAGCUGCACUUCAAUCCGACCCUGCGCGUCUGCGACUGGCCCUACAGAGCGGGAUGCAAAGUGAACAAGGCCUAAAGCUUUCCGUUAGGCGAUUCGCUUUCUCGUUCGCCCAAGUUUCAUAAAAUAUAUUGUUGAAUUCAAUUAUUGCACAAUACAUCAUGAUUUCACUUUUUA